AUGGGCGGCGUGUUCGUGCUGCCGGCCACCAUCAACGGUACGACGAACGCAUACUUCAUCGUCGAUUCCGGUGCGAGCAACGUGCAGAUCCCGGCCGAGCUCGCUGAGGAGAUGAAGCGCAACGGCACGCUCACCGAGGUCGAUUCGCUCGGCCAGCGCCGCUUCACGCUGGCCGACGGCACCGGCCUUCAGCAGCGCAUCGUGCGGCUGAGGUCUGUCAGGAUCGGCAACCGGACGAUGGAGAACGUCAUGGCGUCCGUCAGCCCGGCCCACAGCAAGGCGCUGCUCGGCCAGAGCUUCCUGCGCCGCCUCAGCUCCUGGAAGAUCGACAAUGUCAGGAACUCGAUCGAAUUCGAGUUCACCGGUUCGUUCUGA